AGCAGCCACGCGCGCUGCAUGCCGGGCGGGAAGAUGGCGGCGCUGGUGCGGGUGGUGCUGUGAAGAUCGGGAUGCUGAAGGCAGCACCAAUGAAGACUUUUUGCAGCAGAGCCAACCCCAUCACCGGGGCCACCGAGUGGGAGGAGGAAGGCGAGGACUAUGACUAUCACCAGGAGAUAGCACGGUCCUCUUAUGCUGAUAUGCUACAUGAUAAAGACAGGAAUGAGAAAUACUACAGUGGAAUUCGGGCAGCAGUCCGCAGGGUGAAGGAACGAGGUCAGAGGGCGAUUGUUCUGGACAUCGGCACUGGGACUGGGCUCUUAUCCAUGAUGGCAGCAAAAGCUGGUGCAGACUUCUGUUUUGCAGUUGAGGUUUUUAAGCCAAUGGCUGAUGUUGCUGUAAAGAUUGUGGAGAAAAAUGGAUUCAGCAAUAAAAUUAAAGUCAUCAACAAGCACUCGACUGAGGUGACGGUGGGGCCAGAUGGUGAUAUGUCAUGCCAAGCUAACAUCCUGGUCACAGAGCUAUUUGAUACGGAGCUCAUUGGUGAGGGGGCACUGCCAAGUUACGAGCAUGCUCACAAAUACCUUGUGCAGGAAGACUGUGAGGCUGUUCCACACAGAGCUUCAGUUUAUGCACAGCUGGUGGAGUCCGAGCGGAUGUGGGCCUGGAACAAGCUGCUGCCAGUUCACAUCCGGCUGGAGGAUGGCAACGAUAAGGUCAUUUUACCAACAAGGGACAUGCAAGUGUGUGCUGGCUCCCCCUGCGUCUAUGACAUUCAGCUCAAUCAAGUGAACAUGAACCACUUCACCCCCCUCACAAAGGUUGCAGAGGUAUUCAGGGUGGACUUCAGUAAAGCAGUUAGUAGUUCUCCAGCCCAGUAUACUGUGGAGGUCCAAGCAACUGCCAGUGGGCAGGCCCACGUUGUCCUCUCCUGGUGGGAUGUGGAAAUGGACCCUGAAGGGAGUAUCAGAUGUACUAUGGCACCAUACUGGGCUCAUCCAACUCCAAACAAUAUCCAGUGGCGGGAUCACUGGAUGCAGUGUGUAUACUUCCUACCGCAGGAGUUACCUGUCCAGGAAGGGGAACGUCUGUGUAUUUCAGCGGUACACGAUGACUACUCUCUGUGGUAUAAACUACAUCGUAGCAGUGACAAGCAUGAAGCUGAAGUGCUGAAUGAGCGUCCCCUCUGCUCCUGUCAGGCCCAUCUCAUGUGUAACAGGCAGCGAUUUGGAGAGCUAAAUGACCAACAAAGGAAUGACGCCUAUAUCAAGGCCCUAAAAAUGGUUCUGAGUCCAGAUGCUGUGUGCAUGACUGUCAGUGAUGGAAGCCUGCUCUCCAUCUUUGCUCAUUUUCUGGGUGCUGCACAGGUGUACAGUCUGGAGAUUUCUGCCAUGUCCAGGCGGGUAAUGCAGAAGAUUCUAGCUGCUAAUGGACUGACCGGGAAGGUGUUGAUUUCAGAGAAGAGCCCAGAGCAGAUAACACCUGAGGACCUGGAUAAUAACCAGAUAUCAGUUCUGAUUGGAGAGCCAUUCUUCACCACCAGUCUUCUACCUUGGCACAACCUUUACUUCUGGUACGCAAGGACCUAUCUGGCCAAGCACCUGGCCAAUGAGUUCACUGUUCUGCCACAGUCUACCACAUUGAUAGCAAUGGCCGUCGAGUUUAAGGAUCUCUGGCGUAUUCGCGCACCCUGUAGGGAAUGUGAGGGCUUUGAUGUCAACCUCAUGGAUGAGAUGAUACAGAAUUCCUUGAAUUUCCGGGAGUAUCAGGAGGCUGAACCCCACCCUCUUUGGGAGUAUCCGUGCAGAGCACUCAGUGAGCCAUGCCAGAUCCUCACCUUUGAUUUUCGCCAUGAGGUACCAGAGCAUUCAUUCUGCUCUUCUGGAUCGAUGCACCUCUUGAGGCCUGGCACUUGCCAUGGAGUAGUGCUUUGGAUGGACUACUGCUUAGCAAAUGACAUCACAGUCACCACAGGAUUAACCAGGCUUUGUUCUCAUACGGGUGACUGUGAGUGGAACCCACACAACAAGCAGGGUGUCUACUUCUUUCACUCGGAGACCAAUCAAGAGACUUUGAACAAGCAGCCACCUAUUGUCUAUAAUGUCACUUUCCAUCCAAAGACAGGAGAACUGGCCUUGGAUUUCCAGCAGUCCCUGUAAUCGGCUGGAAUGGACUGAAGGACGAAGAUCCUUGUGUGAUUUGCAACUGGAAGCGUGGCUCAGGUAUUAUUCUUGUGAAUCUUCAGAUCCACUCCAGACAGGGACAUGAAGAAUUCAGUUUACCUCUUUGAAUUUGAAGGAAGAUUAAGCAAAAAUGGUUUGUUAAACAUUAUGGUUGGACUUCAGUGCUUUUUAUAUAGAGACUCACUGGGGAAAGAACACAGCCUGCCUGUCUGUCUCUGAGUCUGAAAGGUGUGGGUUCAAACAGCACCUUUGUGUGCACUGGAGCACACAAUUCAGGGUGAUGUUGGAGGUUGUAGCAGGGCAGUGAUGUCCCUUCAUCUGGAGGAUGAAAUGUUAAAAUGGGACACUGCCUACUGUGGAUGUAUGAUCCUUGGUGACAUUGAAAGGAUGAGGAAGGGGACUUCAACCUUUCUCCUAGACCACAUUAAUCUCUCAACAAAUACCAUCAAAAUAAUCAUUACAUUGUUCAGUUAAUCACUGUUUGUGGUAAUUUGUUACAUGUGAGUAGGCUGCUAUCU